AAAUCCGUUUCAUUGGCCCGUGGGAUUUUGCUGGCAGAACUGCUCUUGUUGAAUUGUUUUAACUAAUACAUUUUGUAACCAAAAACAUUGCAAAUAUGCUUAAGCAAGUGACGAAGCAAUUGGCCCUGCAGGGAGUGCGCACCUUCUCGGUUGGCCAACAGAACAACUACAAGGUGACCGUUUGCGGUGCCGCUGGAGGAAUCGGCCAGCCGCUUUCCCUGCUCCUCAAGCAGAAUCCCCUGGUCACCGACUUGGCCCUCUACGACAUUGUCCACACUCCCGGUGUUGCCGCCGAUCUGUCGCACAUCGACACCAAGAGCAAGACCGCCGGAUUCAUCGGUGCCGACCAGCUGGGCGACUCCCUGAAGGGAUCCGAUGUGGUGGUCAUCCCCGCUGGAGUGCCCCGCAAGCCCGGCAUGACCCGUGAUGAUCUGUUUAACGUGAACGCCGGCAUUAUCAAGGACAUUUCCAACUCCAUUGCUAAGAACUGCCCCAAGGCCCUGGUGGCCAUCAUCACCAACCCGGUGAACACCUGCGUGCCAAUCGCUGCCGAGAUCCUUAAGAAGGCUGGUGUCUACGAUCCCAAGCGCCUGUUCGGAGUCUCCACCUUGGAUGUGGUGCGUGCCCGCGCCUUCAUCGGCCAUGCCUUGGGUGUGGAUCCCCAGACCGUGCAGAUCCCCGUGAUCGGCGGCCAUUCCGGCGUGACCAUCCUGCCCGUGCUCUCCCAGAGCCAGCCCCUGUUCAAGGGCAACCAGGACACCAUCGAGAAAUUGACCGUGCGCAUCCAGGAGGCCGGUACCGAGGUCGUUAAGGCCAAGGCCGGAGCCGGUUCCGCCACUCUGUCGAUGGCCUACGCUGGCGCCCGUUUCGCCGGAUCCCUGUUGAAGGGACUCAACGGCGAGAAGAACGUGAUCGAGUGCUCCUACGUGCAGUCCACCGUCACUGAGGCCACCUUCUUCUCCACACCCCUGGUGCUGGGCAAGAACGGAGUCCAGGAGAACCUCGGCCUGCCUAAGCUCAACGAUUACGAGAAGAAGCUGCUGGAGGCUGCCAUUCCCGAGCUGAAGAAGAACAUCCAGAAGGGCAUUGACUUCGCCAACGCCUAAGCGACCAUACAAAUCCCAGCCGCCCCCAAAAAUCGUGUACUUCAUUAGCACCUAUCGUAAAUUGGCAUACCACUACCCCUAGCAAAUCUUUCGUCUCAAGUCGGCGUGUCCAAAGAUUUUAUAGAUCUGCGCCCAGAGUGUCGUCUAGAAUGAAACCAGUUGAUAUCUGAAAUAAACGAAUUGUAAACUUGGA